CUGUAUCUGGGGCAACUAGACAAUAGCUUGAAAGCUCCAAAUGCCUAUUUAUUUAAGUUAAGCAGUGCCAAUAAUGUACAUAGUUAGUUGAACGCGUUAUUGUUAUGAUACUGGGAGUGGAAAAGAUGCGAGGAAAAAGAAUAAUUGUUUGGCACUCUGUGUAAAACCUUUUUUUGCGGGGGACUACUUUUUGUAACCUGGGGAAAGACAUUUUAACGCUCAGAAAUGGGCUCCGAGAGCCCCAAGCACUUUGGACCAUCUGCGAUCACGAUGACCAAAGAGGAGGAGCAGCAGGAGCAGCAGCAAGAUAUCGGUUGCCUGAUCAACUCUGACGGAGAAGAAGUGGAUUUGUCAGAUCUCCGAGAGAGUGUCAGCCCGGGCAGCGGAGCCACAGAAACCCCCUCCGCAGCGUUUGCUCAGAGCGAGAAUGAAAAGCCGGCCUCGUUGCACACCUGCUCCGUCUGCGGGAAAGACUUCCCUUACGCCUCCAAACUCCAGCGCCACCUGCGCACGCACUCAGGAGAGAGGCCUUUCGCAUGCUCCAUGUGCGACAAGAGAUUCCCUGAGAAGGGGCUGCUCAUGAUCCACGAGAGGGUCCACACAGGGGAAAAGCCUUUCCCGUGCACUUUCUGCGAGAAACGGUUCGCCAGUCAGGGCGAACUCCGACUCCACCGGAGGACGCACACGGGCGAACGGCCGUACCACUGCUCCAUCUGUCUGAAGAGCUUCUCUCGCCACUGGCACCUGAAGACGCACCUGGACGCCAUGCACUCCGAGGUGGUCGCCGGCUUCACGAGAAAGAAGUUCCCGUGCUCGGACUGCGAAAAGAGCUGCAACUCUGCCGCCGAGCUGCGGGACCACCAGAGGACUCACACGGGCGAACGGCCUUAUCAAUGCUCCUUCUGCGACAAGCGGUUCGCCCUGUCGGGCACGCUGGUGCGGCACGAGCGCCUCCACACCGGGAUCACGCCCUACCACUGCUCGGACUGCGGCAAGACCUUCGCGCAGCAGUGGACGCUGACGACGCACAUGCGCACGCACACUGGCGAGAAGCCGUACAGCUGCACGCAUUGCGACAAGUCCUUCGUUGCGCCCGGGGAGCUCCGCAGGCACACCCGGAUCCACACGGGGGAGAAGCCGUAUACGUGCGCUGACUGCGGCAGGCCUUUCUCGUUGGCGGGGACCCUGAGGAAUCACAGAAAGUCGUGCGCGCAGAGCAAGAAUGGAGCCACCACGGUUGAAACUGCAGCGGGAGAGUCAUCCCAGAGAGAGCCAGAGGCCAAUGACAUCAGCACUGAGGUGUCUGACAGUAAAGCUGCACCAAGUAUUCAGACCUCCUGCACCUCCUCCCCUUCUUCCUCCUCCUCCUCCUCCUCCUCCUCAGAGGAUAUCAACUGUGACCAAGCAGCUGAGGCUGAAAAUAACUCAAAUGAGAAGGAAGUUUCCAGUCUGCACAUGAGCAUAGUCGUGAAAGAGGAGGAAGAGGAGGAGCCUUUGUGCGAUGAAGCGUUGGCUAUAGAAUGUCCUGCAGAGGACAACAAUUUAUCUCCAGUGAAGGAAGAACAAAAUGAUAUUAUCAAGACACCACCAAGGGAUGGCGAUGAUGCGUCAGGCUGUGACAAAAUCAUCUCUCCAACCUCCCCGGUGAAGGAUCAUCGUAGCGACAACAGGAUCACGAGCUCGUACUGCUGCGGCUUGUGCGGGAGAGACUGCCACAAAAUGUCGGCGCUGCAAAUCCACAUGCGGAUCCACUCGGGUGAGAAACCCUACCAGUGCGCCCUGUGCGGGAAGCAGUUCACCCAGAAGGGUCAGCUCAAGGGCCACCAGAAGGUCCACACGGGGGAGAAGCCCUUCUCGUGCCCUGAGUGCAGCAAGUGCUUCGCCCACUCGGGCGCCAUGAACCGACACCGGCUCACGCACACGGGGGAGAAGCCAUACCACUGCUCCCUGUGCGAGCGCAGCUUCAACCAGUCGGGACGCUUGCGGGAGCACGAGAAAACCCACUUCGGGGACAAGCUAAAUUGCCCCGAGUGCGACAAAACGUUCACGCGGUCCUCCAGCCUCAAGAACCACUUGAGGCUCCACACGGGCGAGAGACCGUACAGCUGCAACGUCUGCGGCCGGGGCUUCAGCCGCUCGCAGAGCCUCCGGCUUCACAAGCGCAAGCACGAGUUGCUGACGGUGGAGGAGGAGUCUGGCUUCAGUGUGGGAGACGAGGACUUAUCCGACAGUAACUCCCGGAUCGAUGUGUGUAUAACUGUCAAAAAUGAAGAGGAUCUAUUUAUAUAAACCACACCUCGACACAAGAGGAGUCGUUUUAGACAGGCAGGGGUGUCAAACUCGUUUUUGUCGAGGGUCAUGUCGUAGAUAGGGUUUCCCUCAGAGGGCUGUUAUGACUGAAAAGCAAUUAAAAUGCACAGUAAAUGGGGAAUAUGUUCCAGACUAUUUACAUGUAAAGGUAUUUUCGCUUUAGCAGUGCAAAUAAAUGGAGGUUCAUGCCCUGAAUUUUGAACAGUGAUGACGUAACAUUCAGGUUACAGGUACUUGUUCUUAUCAGUGUCAACUAUUCAAUUUACAGUAAGCAAAGUUUGUAAUAUUUAAUUAAUCAACUGUUGACAAGUUGGCAUAAAAACCUGACCUGAACAAGAGAUACGGAUGUCAUUUUCGGAUUCAGUGAUGCAAAAUUGUCCUAAAUCAGUUUAAAAAAAAAAAAAAAAAAAAAACAGACAACUUAUAAUUUUUUUUUUUUUUUUUUGUAACCCUGUGUUACAGUUGGAAACAUCCGUCCAUCCAUUAUCCGUACACAUCUAACACAAACAAUAUAUGUACAGAAUUGUCUUGGCUUUCAAUUUCUUAUAUGUUCAUAUACGUUUACCAGCUUUUUAAACUAUAUUAUAAUAAUUUUAAAUGUGUUGAAAGUUAGUGGGAUUGGUAAAAUUAUUUUUAGAAAAUGUAUUUUAUAUGGUCGCUAUCGCAGAUUUUCACCAAUUGCAGAUUGGUCUGGAACGUAUCCCCCUCCCCUGAGACAAACCGGAUUUGUUAAGAGUAAAGAAAAAUUGCAAUUUUGGUACAGGUAAUCUGGCAAGAUGAAAAGGACCCCAUUCGCGAGAAACGUGAAGCAGAUACUAUAUUUGCUUUAGUGUGCUACUUAAAACGAUGGGGUGGGCCGGACCUGGACCCCAGGCCUUGAGUUUGACACCGGUGGAAGGACUACCUCUGUGUGUACAUUUUCAAGUAGCGUUAAUGUGGUGGUUGUAAUUGUUUAAGCCAAAAUAUUUAAUUCCCAUCUUAGAUAACACCCAUGCUAGUGAUGCUAUUUAACAAGCAUCUUUUUUAAUGGCUACUCGUAGAGCUCAUUUGCGUAUGUGCGUGUCAGUUUUAUCCUGGCGUCCAAAUAUGACACUCACCUUCUUAGAAUUUCUAUUUAUGGUAGUAUAACGCUUUUUAAGGUGCGUAAUUUUAACUUACUUCCAUGCAGUAUUUGCUACUUGCUUUGUCUACUGCAGUACUUAGGUUAUAGGACAGUAGCAAGUGGAACUACAGUACAUCAAAUAGGAGCAAAAUAAGGAAAGUAAAAAUAGGCCAUUGUGAAAAAGCAACAUGUUCAUAUUUAUCUUGUGUAUGCCAAAAAACAUUUUGCCUUUAUGUCCAUUUUUUAAAAUGAUUAUUUUAAUUAUAAUUACAGUAUUCUAAUCACAUGUGGUUUACCCGGUUUGCCCUGCUGAAUUACACUCUUAAUUAUGCUCUGGAAAAUGAAAAGUGAGAAUUUUGACCUGGUGCUUCAUCUGUCUCAUUGUAUUGGGAAGACCACACUGAACCAUAGAAAUAAAAGAAUGGAUUCACA